CCCACUUUGCACCUACUGGAGGGGCUCUGGCUAAAAAAGAAAAGAAGAAAAACUACAAAGAAGUGGUAUUUCAGUUUUACUUCAGAUAAAGCUCUAGUUACGUGAGAGCGUGGGUGUGAAGUUCGUUUCUCGCAACCAUAUAUAAGAGUGAUGAUGGUACAUCUUGAACUCCGCUAGCAACACGCCAUGGUCUUCAACUCACCUUUUGGUGCCUCUACCUCUAAACCCGGCCAUGGAUCUAUCAUCAUCAAUUUGUUAUCCCAAGACAAGCCAGUCCUUGGGACAGUCUCGUAUCAAUAUCCACUCAAGCUAGUUGCGCCAGACCCUCUGCCACCACCAAGCCAUGACGACCAGGGAAACAGCAAGACUGGGCCUCCAAUUCCAAGUCUGAUACACACAGUCUUCCUACUCACCUACGGCGGUGGCAUUGUCGCCGGGGACAGUAUCGACUUGGAGGUCAAAUUGGAUAGCAAGGCUCGGCUCAUCCUGUUAACCCAAGGCUCGACCAAGAUCUUCAAGACACCCAGUCCAGAGCUGGUCUCGCAACAACACAUGACAGUGCAUCUGAAACACGAUUCUGCCUUGGUCUAUCUUCCAGACCCGGUCCAGCCAUUUGCCCACACAGCUUUUUCCCAAUCCCAGAUCUAUCAUCUCGACAAAGGCCAAGGCAAUAUUUGUGUGUGCGACUGGGUCACGAGUGGUCGCUCUGCACGGGGGGAGAAUUGGGACAUUUUCGAGUACAAGAGCCGGAAUGAAGUGUGGACACUCGACGAGGCAGGGAAGAAGAGGCUUCUUGUACGGGACAACCUGAUUCUAGACAAACAUGGUAGAACUGGGAUGCCGCUCGCCUCACGCAUGGACAAUUACUCUGUCUUCGGUACCGUGAUUAUUCGCGGACCAGUUUUCUCGUCACUCUCCAAGUUCUUCUUGGACGAAUUCGAGGCACUGCCGCGUAUUGGUGGUAGAAAUUGGGGGGACAGCGUGCAGCCCGAACUCCUGCCACACGAGCAAAGGCGAUAUACAAGGCAGCAGAGAGAAAAGGCGGAUGGUCUGAUAUGGAGUGCAGCAAAUGUCAGGGGCUUUGUGCUGGUCAAGUUUGCAAGCAGGGAGGUUGAGGGCUCAAGGAAUUGGUUGAGGGACAUGAUCAAGGAAGAGAACUCGGUGCCGAGGCUCUUUGGGGAGAGAGCGCUGUUGUGCUUGAAAUGAGACGUGCAUGAGGAAUGAACAACUAGACAGCAGCCAGAUAGCAGAAGUCAUUCAUCCGACAUGUUGCGCUGUCUAGUCCAUGUGUUGUCCGUCUUGAGUUGGCGAGACGACUGGAGGGGAGCCCUGGAGCUGCCCCACGCGGGCGCAUGGCCCA